UCCGCCGCUGAGGCUGAGGCUCUGCUCCUGCGCACGUGCAACCCGGAAGUCUUGCGGUCUGAUUCGGCUUCCAGUGAACUUUCCUGAGGGAUCCCCGCGCGUGGUUAAGGCGCCAUGGGGAAGCUGCGCCACCGCUACAAUGUGAAGGGGCGGCUGCAGGCGGAACCCCGGACCGCCAAGGGUCCUGAACCGCCUCCUGUGCGGCUGGAGCUCGAUGACAAGGAUGUAUUGAAAGGAGUGGAUGAGAGCAAUGCACUGGUUUUACCGGGGAAGAAGAAGAAGAAAACCAAGGCCCCACCCCCAUCAAAGAAGGAGAGGAAGCCGUUGACGAAGAAGGAGAAGAAGAUGCUGCAGAAGGUCUUAGAGCAGAAGGAAAAGAAGAGCCAGCGUGCAGAACUGCUCCAGAAACUGAGUGAAGUCCAAGUGUCAGAGGCCGAAAUGAAGCUCUUCUACACCACGGCCAAGCUAGGCACCGGGGACCGCAUGUAUCAUACUAAAGAAAGGAAGGCUGACCAGCCCUUGGCCCAGGGCCAGGAGAAAGUCAGUAGCCUUGGUGGGGCCCACCGGAAGCGCCACAGGUCAUCAUCAACAGAGGAGGACUCCAAGUCUUCAGGAGAUUCAGAGCCUGAGGGGGCCAUAGCUGACCAACCAAGGGCCAGCACAGGGACAAACCCAGCGCAUCUGCCACUGGCUCCUUCUGGAACCAAGAACCCUGCGCCUCCUCCCCAGCCCCCUCCAUCUGGGACCCCUGCACCUUCAAAAACACCAGCCUCUGCUCCGCCUCCUCCCCCGGCCAAGCCUGCUGUGUUUAUCCCUGUGAACCGCACCCCUGAAAUGCAGGAAGAGCGGCUCAAACUUCCCAUCCUCGCUGAAGAGCAAGCCAUCAUGGAGGCGGUGGCUGAGCACCCCAUUGUCAUUGUGUGUGGCGAGACUGGCAGUGGGAAGACUACACAGGUGCCCCAGUUUCUCUACGAAGCAGGCUACAGCAGUGAGGACAGCAUCAUCGGUGUCACAGAGCCCCGCCGAGUAGCUGCCAUAGCCAUGUCCCAGAGGGUGGCCAAGGAGAUGAACUUGUCACAGAGGGUUGUCUCCUACCAGAUCCGCUACGAAGGGAACGUGACAGAAGAGACCAAGAUCAAGUUCAUGACAGACGGUGUGCUGCUCAAAGAAAUCCAAAAGGACUUCCUGCUGCUGAAAUACAAGGUGCUGAUCAUUGAUGAAGCCCACGAGCGGAGCGUCUACACGGAUAUCCUCCUUGGCCUCCUGUCCCGCAUUGUGACUCUUCGGGCCAAGAGACACCUGCCCCUCAAGCUGCUCAUCAUGUCUGCCACGCUCCGGGUAGAGGACUUCACCCAGAACCGGCGGCUCUUCACCACACCUCCCCCAGUCAUCAAGGUCGAGUCUAGGCAGUUCCCUGUGACAGUACACUUCAACAAGCGGACCCCACUGGAUGACUACACUGGUGAAUGCUUCCGGAAGAUCUGCAAGAUCCACAGGAUGUUGCCUGCAGGUGGCAUCCUGGUGUUCCUCACAGGGCAGGCUGAGGUGCAUGCCCUGUGCCGCCGGCUUAGAAAGGCCUUCCCCACCCGGCGCUCCCAGCCACAAGAAAAGGAAGAGUUAAAAGACUCAGCAGAAGGAAUGCGGAGGUUUAAGAAGUCUCGGACACGGGCCAGGAAGGCCCAGGUCAUGGCUUUGCCCCAGAUCAGCCUGGACAGUUAUUCUGUGCUGCCAGCAGGCGACGGCGAUGAGGACAGGGAGGCCGAGAUGGAUGACGAAGAGGAGGCCCUGGGCUCUGACUUGGAUCUGGACCUGGGUGACAGUGAGGCAAAUGAAGGUGAACAGCCAGAUGCCUCCCUGCCCCUUCACGUACUCCCGCUCUACUCUUUGCUGGCUCCCGAGAAGCAGGCACAGGUCUUCAAACCUCCUCCAGAGGGAACGAGGCUGUGCGUCGUGGCCACCAAUGUGGCCGAAACGUCCCUCACCAUCCCUGGCAUCAAGUAUGUGGUGGACUGUGGGAAAGUAAAAAAGCGCUAUUACGACCGUGUCACAGGCGUGUCCUCCUUCCGUGUCACCUGGGUCUCCCAGGCAUCCGCAGACCAGCGGGCUGGUCGUGCAGGCCGGACAGAGCCAGGCCAUUGCUAUAGGCUGUAUUCCUCAGCUGUUUUUGGGGACUUUGAGCAGUUCCCUCCCCCAGAGAUCACACGCAGGCCAGUGGAGGACUUGAUACUGCAAAUGAAAGCCCUCAACAUUGAGAAGGUCAUCAACUUCCCCUUCCCUACACCUCCGUCGGUGGAGGCCCUCAUUGCUGCGGAGGAGCUGCUAAUUGCUCUGGGGGCCCUGCAGGCACCCCCAAAAGACCAAAGAAUGAAGAAGCUGCAGGAGUCACAACUGAGCUGUCCCAUCACCGCACUGGGACGGACCAUGUCCACCUUCCCUGUGGCACCCCGCUAUGCCAAGAUGCUGGCACUGAGCCAGCAGCAUGGCUGCCUGCCCUACACCAUUGCCAUCGUGGCUGCCAUGACUGUGCGUGAGCUGUUUGAGGAGCUGGACAGACCAGCUGCCAGUGACCAGGAGCUCUCAGAGCUGAAGGCCCGUCGAGCUCGUGUGGCCCAGAUGAAGAGGACCUGGGCUGGGCAGGGGGCAUCUCUGAAGCUUGGCGACCUCAUGGUGCUAUUGGGUGCUGUGGGAGCCUGUGAGUACGCUGGUUGCUCACCCCAGUUUUGCCAGGCUAAUGGGCUGCGCUACAAGGCCAUGCUAGAGAUCCGGCGCCUUCGUGGCCAGCUGACCACCGCAGUCAACACAGUAUGCCCUGAGGCUGGGCUCUUCCUAGACCCCAAAAUGCAGCCACCUACAGAGAGCCAGGUGACCUACCUGCGGCAGAUCAUGGCAGCUGGCCUGGGUGAUCACCUGGCCCGCCGCGUUCAGAGCGAGGACCUGCUGGACCCCAAGUGGAGAAAUGCCUACAAGACCCCUCUCCUAGAUGACCCUGUCUUCAUCCACCCCAGCUCUGUACUCUUCAGAGAGCUGCCUGAAUUUGUGGUUUACCAGGAAAUCGUGGAGACCACCAAGAUGUACAUGAAAGGUGUCUCCACCGUGGAAAUCCAGUGGAUCCCAUCCCUCCUGCCCUCCUACUGCCAGUUCGAUGCACCCCUGGAGGAGCCAGCCCCCACUUACUGUCCAGAGUCAGGACGGGUGCUGUGCCACCGGGCCAGCGUGUUCUACCGCGUAGGCUGGCCGCUCCCCGCCGUCCAGGUGGACUUUCCUGAAGGCAUUGACCGCUACAAGCACUUUGCACGGUUUCUGCUGGAGGGACAGGUCUUCCGCAAGCUGGCUUCAUUCAAGAGCUGCCUGCUGUCUAGCCCUAGUACCAUGCUGAAGACCUGGGCCAGGCUGCAGCCCAGGACAGAGAGUCUAUUGAGAGCCCUUGUGGCUGAGAAGGCUGACUCCCGUGAUGCUCUGCUGGCUGCAUGGAAGAAAAGCCCCAGAUACCUGCUGGCUGAAUACUGUGAGUGGCUCCCGAAGGCUAUACACAUGGACGUUGAGAAGAGUUGGCCCCCCAUCACUGACUGCUGACCACACACCCAGCUGCAUGUAAACCAGCUCCUAGGCUGUUACCAGGAGGCACACUGUGGCCCUGGAACCCUCUUUUACCUCAGCCCAGUGCAGAGCCAAGCUUGCCGCUACACUGACCAGGAGUGCCUUCUUCUUUGGGACUGUUAUGACAAGACAGACGUGGUUUGUCUGCCAUGUUGCUCCCAGUCUAAAACGGGCUCUUCAGGUGACAUUAGCCCCUAUGGAUGCACAGGGCUACGCUGGGACAGGAAAGAGGACCCUUUACCCAGAGCACUUGUCAGGCCUCAUAGCAUCUCGGGCAGCAGGUGCACUGCAGACUUCUGUGACCCAGGGGCUUUCCCUAAAAGGUUGGCCCCAGAUGAGAGCUGGAUGUCACCCAGAGCCAUGUUCCACACAGAUGGAGACUGGUUGACAGGGUCCUGCUGUGGCAUUGGUAGACAGCAAGUUCUGUCUUAGAAAGCUGCUCUAGUUGGGGAUGGUCUCAAACCUGUGGCCUCAGCUGGUAAGGAUCAAUGCAAAGCCAAGCUGAGCUACAUGGCAAGAGUGUCUUGUUUGUUUGUUUUGUUUUUCAAGACAGGGUUUCUCUGUGUAACCCUGGCUGUCCUGGAACUAGCUCUGUAGACCAGGCUGGACUUAAAUUCACAGAAAACAACCUGCCUCUCUGUCUUCCAAGCACCGUGAUUAAAGUUGUGCGCCACCACACCCCUGGGUAAGACUGUCUCAAACAAGUUCAUUAGAGUAAGUGUUUGUGAUAGGCUGUUCCAUUUCAGCUUGUCAGUCUGUUACGUCCAACAGGUUUACAUGCUGAGCAGCCUGUCAGUUUCCAGAGCUUCAUCCUUAAAUGAUUUUCAGAUUCAUUCUCUAUCUGUCUCUAUCUCUGUCUCUCUCUUUCAUUCCCUCUCACCAUCCCCCCCUCUGAAUCUCCCACUCCCCUUCCCCUCUCUGUCUCCCCCUGACACAGGCAGGUGUCAAUCUAUCUGUUCAUUUUCCUGGCUGAAUAUGUUCUAUCAAGUGUUAGGCUGCAUCUGUCCAUCUGCAAAAGAGACCAUGUUGUUUAUCCCUGGAGGCUGGCAGAUGCUGCUGCUGCAGCUUCUGUGACUCUCGGGCCACUUGUUACAGAGUUCUGUAAACAAAGCCAAGCUCUUUCAGAUAACACUAAAUCCUUUUUCACUGUGGACUGACGUCAUGUUCUCAAUAAUGUCCUUUGAACCACAUAUUGUCCCCUCUCCAUGUAGCCAUGCUGUGUGACAUGAGCGAGUGGCUUGCCACUAAGCCAUCCUCCUGUUCCUCUCUGUCCUCUGUUUUUUCAGUCUUUGUGUGUUUCAGGUGGAUAUGCCCUGUACCUCCCUUUCCCAGUGCAGCCCCCAGCACUGUGUUGACUGAACCAGCCUUCCAUAGCUGCAGCGUGUUCCACAGCAUGUGUUUCUGCCGUGAAUUUUUAGCCAGACUCAGGCAUGGACCCUUCCUGAGGUGGCUGAUGCGAGCAGAGCCAGGGUGCUACCCCCACCCCACCUCACUCCUGUGAAUAUCCACGAGGCGGGCAGCCUGCCAAGUGCUCGUUUUGAGUUUGGCAUGAGCCAUGAAAGGCUGGGCCCAGGCCAAGCACAGAAUGGUAGAGAAUAUACCUGGUAUGACAUGGCUUUGAGUGUAGGUAUCCAAGCCCCUUGCCCAACAGCCUUUCACAGGUUCAGCUUUCCCUCCAGGUGUGUCUUUCCCUGCUCUUCAAUAGCUGAUUUGUCUGAGAGUUAAGUCCUCAGCUGUCCCCAGGGAACUUAGCUUGCCUGUGGUCCACUUUGGAUGCAAGUUACAGAGAUUCGCCUGCCUCCAACCCCCUUAGUGCUGGGAUUACAGGAGUACACCACUGCACCCAGCAGAUAAAACUGAGAGGUUAGGCUUGAACUCAUGACCCCCCUGAAUGCUGGUAUGGCAGGCCUGUGUCAUCACGCCUGGCUUUGAAAUAGGGAAACUGACAAGGUGGAAGACAAAAGAAUUUGGUGGCACAUUGGAACCUCCAAGAGGAAGGUAUUGCCCUGGAGGACAAGCUGUUAUAAUUGUACAGAAAGACUCCAAAGGCUGUUAAGUUCAGUGCCCACAGCCCUACAGUUUGUAGCUUUGAAACUGGAAAACCCAGGUGAAUUACUCUAAAAUUCUGAGUCAAUAAAGAACUUAAAAACCA